AUGGAGUGUCUGUUGCCACCGAACGCGUUCCUCGGGGAGGAUCAAACUUCCUUUCACGUUGAAGAAGACACAACAAGAUGCGUGCGUGAUGGCGUUAAUAAGGUGGUUGUACCCGCGGGGGAACUCGACCAAUCUGCAACGCCGCUGUGCAGGCCCCGAAGCGAAGCCACGAACGUGGGAUUUACGGCGGACGACUUUAUGAUGCCACCGCAUGCGGUUGGUGUGACACCUGGCACUCCCAAGUUGCGGAGCAAGCACCCUCGUCCAUCGUCGGCUCUGCGUGGCAUUGAGGAGGCAGAUAGUAUGUCGCCUACAAUGUCAAUGAGGGAACGCGUCCAAUGGAGGCAACAGCUGUUGUCUAAUUCGUGUCGUUUGGAUGUUUCCAAUGCAGAAUCUGAUUCGGCAACGUUGUUUGACGAGAGAGCGAAUAAUAACGAUUGCAUGUCCUCGGAUGUAACACCAUUUCGAGGCGCAGCACUGAGGACCCCUUCGAGGUGGCAGCCGCAUGGACCAGAAUCUCGUAGUGUGCCAAUGCGCACAUUAGGAAGGAAUGACAACGAUACGUAUGUGAACGUGAGUGACGAUUUGGUGAAGAACCCAAUUCUGGCAAACUCGGUGAGGAGCGCCAGGAUGCGCAAAUAUCCCGACGACGAAGACGUGGAACGGUCGUUGAAGGUCCUUGGGGCAUCGCGCUGUUGGACUGACAGGCUAGAAGAGAGCUCAAAAGGGUUUAUUGGUGUCGACCUGGACGACGACGACAUGUUGGCGACCCAGACACCGAUACGCAGCUUCAACACGGUGCUGUCAACAUCGCAAUCUGACUAUGGGUACGAUUCGACGCAACCCGCGUCUUUAGGCUCUUCGUAUACCCAGUGGACCAAUGCGAGUCCCAUAAGCACGCCGGGACGCUCAACCGGAGUUCAUGCGUCCAGCACACCCAACAGAUACGUUCAGACCAUGUUUGGAACCGGGUAUGCCACCGAUCUCGACGCCUUCGGAGGCGCCAGACUUGAAGACAUGCGAAAGGAGGAGGUAAACCCCAUGGCAUACGCAAGGUUGCCGAAAGGCAUGAUCUCCGAAGCCAGAAUGGGGGCGGAAAUGAGCACUCUCUACAAGCACUUCAAAAACAUGUGCACAUUUAUCAGGAGGUCGUCCAUGCGUAGUGAUCGCCCCUACUUCAAGGUGGUGCAACUGAUGGUGCAGCGGAUGUCGAGGAAGGACUUCACGAUGGAUCAACUUAGGCAAAUGGCCUGGAUGGCGCCAAACCUAAUAACGCUGAAGUGGGUCAGCAUAAGUGAUUCAGUGCGAAGGCGAUAUAAAAACGAGUACGCGGAGUGUCGCGGGGAUGUCAUCAGCGACGUCCAAGUGAGAAUACACAAGCAGGACGGGAAAGUAUGCUCGUCGAACAGCGAUUUCGAAAGUACGUGUUUCGCCUUUAAGAGCGUCCUGUGUGCGUGGGUAGCGCGCUGUGAGGCGGAAUACGUGCAGGAGAGGGGCUCGUGUGACGGGUUUGCUCCAGACAUGGCGCUGCCUAUGCCGAUGGCAGCCCUCCCGACGAAGCACUGCAGAAGCCUCGCCAAGGACAACGCUAUGCUUGCUCCCAUGUCAACACCUACGCGUUCCGCUUCAAGACAGUCACAAUGCACCGAAACCGUCUCGCCGCGACCGACCGCACUGCUCAGCGCUAAUCGGCGGCUUCAUGAGAACGAGUACUUUACCACAAGUAGAACGCUCAGCUCGCCCGACAGUGCGUCAAACAUGUCUUUCAACGAUCGUUACGAAGACGAUUCUACACGUUACGUGUCCCUCCACACUAAGAGGAUGAGGGAGGCCCCCAUGUUGCCCAUGGACACGGAGCUGCUCGACACCCCAGGCAUGCGCCGCAUUAGGGAGAGCGCGAAGCGUCUCGCCACCGAGAGUGCCAACAGCACCAAGCUAAAAGAGCACGACGUGUCCUACUGGAAGGAUGUUCGCCGUUUUGUGAACGCACUUGUGGACCUGUCAAUCGCGGACACCUCGCCGCCGGUGUUGCGCAUCGAGUGGCUGGCGGAGUUCAUGACCAAGUACGGCACGAAAAGGGUUACUUACGACAACGUUGCGGAAUGGGCCAAAACGUUAAUGCAUUUGGCGCCAGGGGCUAUCCACGUUGGUGUGUCGAAGUUCGACGAUUAUAGCACCGUGCUCACCUUCGGCCCGCAACCGACUUUUGACAGUGCCAUACGAUAUGUCAACCAGCGAAUAAACGCGUGUAAUAAAUGA